CCUUCAUGUCAAAUGCCCUAAACUACCUACAUGUUACAAAUCCAUUGUGCAACCUCCUCGGCUGUCGUCCGUCUCCAUACUUACCCUAGCCAACCAAAUCUGACGGCAAUAUCCGAUUGAUAGCUGAACAUUAAAUGUAUAGGACUCCGCUGCCAUUGUUUGGUGUUGUUUCGGUUUACAAACUAAUCAAACUUCUUUUUCUCCUAGAGCAUUCCUUUUACAUGGCUUCUGAUCGUUUUGGCUCGGUUUCAGCUUCGCACAGGACAAAAGCUGCUGAAAAGUGGUUUAAAAAUGCUACGAGUGAUGCGAAGCACAAGACCGUCGACAAAGAGUUGCAGCGAAUAAAGAACUUGGGAGUGGUUUCGGUCAGAAAGCGCCAUGAAGAUGUCGCCUCGCCCACAUCCUCCCGCCGAGCAUCUUUUAUCAGCAAUGGGUCUGAGCCUUCCAAGAAGAAAUCCUCCAGCGACAUCAGUCAAACGCCAGCAACGGUAGAAGACGACACAAUGGAUAGCCCCACCCUAUCAUCGGCUCCAGAAGGUGAAUUCCAACAGACGAUAGAAAGCGAAGUCAGCGAAAACAUAGAGCUGCCUAAGGUUGAUUUUUCGCCAGUUAUGGAUGAGAUCCCAAUCAUGCAAGUUGUGGACACCAAUGCUAUUGAGACGAACGCAAUGGACGACGAUGGCCAUGCUAACAACGACGACCCAUCAGCAAAUGAGACUGCGGAGGUCGCUUCACCUGUGCAACCAGCGGUAUCAGCAACGCAAGAUUUACAGCGUUUCGUCGAUGAUACACACUUGCCUGACGAUGUGGCGGUGACUUUUGCACCUGUCGAACUGUCAAAAUCUCGUCCUAGUUCCGAAGGAGAAAGUACUCCUAUGUCACUACAGCCAUCCAAACGGUCGUCGAACAAAAGCACAAGCUCCAGCGUCUACAGUCAAGCUGAUUCCUAUGUCUCGCUGACAGUGAAGAAUUUGAUUAACAGCCAUGCUCAUGCGAGCCCAGCUUCUUCUUUGCAAUCCGUUACCAGCGCAUCGUUACCUGUGUCUUGUGGAUCCCCCGGUACUGUCAUUUCUGAAAUGUACAUUCUGGUUGACCAAGCCAAAAAAGCUAGCCCUGAGCAAGGAGAGCUAGCGGAAAUUCAUGAAAAAUUAUUGGGACUGGUCAAUAGCCUGAAUGUCUGGCACGCGGCCAAUCCAGCCGACAGCAGCCCCCAAGGUGACUCUAGUGAAGUGGAGGACUUGCGAAAACAAGUCAAGGCGCUUGAACAUAAGUGCGAGCUCCAGCAAGUGGACUUACAUGAACGUUCAGCAUAUCACAGCAAAUUGAUGCAGGACAAGGAUUCGUUAUUGAAGAAACUUUCCUCAACCGAAGGCGGCGACUAUACGCCUAGCGACGGGUCGCCGACAGACCCAUCCCCCAUAUCCGUCAAACUAAUGAACCGGCUGUCCACGGGUUCCAAUGUAUCGUCUGCAUCGCUCGUGACUAAUCCACGAAGCGGGUGUCGUAGCCGAAGAUUGAAUCCUCGACCGGAAACACCGUUACCACCGCAGCUGCCACCCCCUAACAACCCACUUCCGCCCAUCCCACAACAAGAACCCGUGCCGCACCAUAGUAUUCACAAAGAGCAUCAUGAAAAAGUUGUAAAGGAGCUUCUGUAUAAAUUGAAGGACCAGCAAUCCAAGUCGAAAAGCACAAUCGACACAUUGGAGAUUAAAUUAAGCGUAAUGACAAAGCAAACCUUGGAGCUGCAGCAUUCCAUUUCUCGACUAGAAUCGGAGCUACAGGCUAAACAACGAGCCCCUCCUCGAUCCACCCUUCCAACCCACAGCAGCCCAAAGAAAAACCAGAGCAGACGAUCAUUCAGCUUACUCACCCUGUUUGGCAAGCGAUGAAAUCUUAUUUGUAAAAUUUUUUCUUUAAUGUGUUUUAUCGCACAUCUACUCAUUAUUUAUAUUUGUAUUGUUCUUUCUUAUUAAUAAACCUCAGCAUUUUUGUCAUAUUGUAACUCUGAGGUUGACAAGCGGGACUUGAAAUAUUAGAAAGCAAAGGGUAUGUAUAUGACACGGGAGGCAUCAGUGGGAGACCGGGGAUAUUAUAAAGAGCUUUUCAUCCAGAAUAGACCGGGAAAACCAUGUUACAGA